AUGAGCGACAUCGAAGCUCAGAAGGAGGCCGUUGCGGCGUCCCCUGAUCGCGUGCCUUCGCCGACAUCGACCCUCGGUCCGGUCAUCUCGCGCCGCCAGACGCGCGGCGAAUACAAGCUCCAGCAGGACCGGGGCGAGGUCCCGAUCGAGCUCGUCUCGGCGAUGCUGGAGAAGACGGACGCAUUCCGCGUAACCUUUGACGGACCGGACGACCCGCGCAACGCGCAGAACUGGAGUCUGCGGAAGAAGGUCCUCCAAAACGUCCUCAUCACACUAGCGACCUUCUGGUCCGGCGCGGCCUCGGCCAUCCUCUCCGGCGCCUCGCCUCAGGUCGCUGAGCACUUCCGCGUCGGCUCUGUCGUCGCCGAGCUCGCCAAUGGCAUGUUUGUGUUCGGGUUCGCCCUCGGACCUCAGAUCUUCGGUCCCCUCUCGGAAGUCAUGGGCCGCAAGUGGCCCCUGACCUUAGGCAUGUUCCUGGGCACCAUGUUCAGCAUCCAGGUGGCGGGAGCGUCGAAUUUUGCCACCGUAAUGAUCGGGAGAUUCCUCGGAGGUGUCUUCGGCGCCGCUCCUUACGCCGUCGGCGGCGGCUGGUUCCACGACGUCUAUUCUGCGCUCUGGGUUCAAGUCGGAGUCGCUUUCUUCGCCGUGAGCACAGCUGGAGGUCCAGCUAUCGGUCCGCUGAUCGGCGCCGGACUUGCGUCGACGGGGCCGUACGGAUGGAGAUGGUCGGAGUGGUUCUGUGUCAUCUUCGGCGGUGCGGUGACUGGACUCAUGGCCGUUUUCAUGGACGAGAGUUAUAGUCCCGCCAUCCUGAAGAAGGUGGCUGCGCAGCGCCGGAGGGACACAGGGAACUAUGCCUGGCACUGUGAGCUGGACACUGUAACCAUCUCCGCCAAGGAUAUCUUGGUCCGGUACUGCCUCCGCCCUGUCCGUAUGAUGUUGACCGAGCCCCUCCUGUUCGUGCUCAACAUUUACAUGUCUUUCGUCUACGCCCUCCUGUACAUGCUCAUGGCCGCCGUUCCCGUCAUCUUCGGCGAGUACCGGGGUUAUGGACAGGUGGUGAGCACGCUGCCCUUUGUGAGCGUGUUCAUCGGCAUUCUCUUCGGUGGCGGCCUCAUGAUCGCCGAUCGCUACCGCUACGUCGCCAAGCUUAAGCGCGAAGGCAAGGAGGAGCUGCCGGACGAGCGCUUCGUACCCAUGGGAGUGGGUGCCGUCAUGCUCGUCAUCGGCCUGUUCUGGUUCGCCUUCACUGGUCCCGCGCAGACCUCGAGCCCGUGGCCGAGCAUCAUCGCCAUCGGUUUCUCAAUGGCGGGCAUGGUCCUCAUCUUCGAGUGCGGCAUUGUCGUCCUCAUCGACAUGUACCGCAGCUUUGCCAACUCGGCCAUUGCGGCCAACACCCUCCUCCGUAGCGUGUUUGGAGGCGCGUUCCCCCUCUUCACGACUGGUAUGGUACACAACCUCGGAUACCAGGGCACGUGGGCUAUGGCCCUCCUCGCGUUCCUUGCACUGUUCCUCGCCCCCAUCCCCUUCAUCUUCUACCGCAUGGGUCCCCGCCUGAGGGCCAUGUCCAAGUUCAGCCUCGAGCUGUAG